CUAGGUACUCAAAAAGAUGUCAUGGAACAGCUUAGCAUUUAAUUGACGAUGCUUCCCGAUCAACUCCAUUCGUCUCGGCCGCCAAAAAUCAACCACAACAAAUCGCCCAAGCCAUGUUAAAGCACCUCCAUAUUUACUUAACCAUUUCACUUGAUAUCCUUCUAUGAAGUAACCAAAUGCGAGUAGUGUAGGCAACUUACCCAAAACCAUACGCUUCUGCAAUUUUUCGCUUGUCGGUGGAAUUUAUGGAGAGGGGCCAUGUUUUGGAUUUGGUCCUGCUCGUAUCCAAAUCCUCUUCCACUGACUCAUUAUUUCGGCCUUCUUGCUUAAGCAGGAAGCUGGGCAUCAAUAAUGUCAAUCUCCCUGGUCCGUUGUUGAAAUCGUAAGAAGGCAGCUGACGUAGUAGCGGGGCACGUCCAUUAUCCGAAGCAGGCAGGUCUAAGCAAGCACCUGACAUAGCAGAGAGAAGCACAUCCAUUCUCAAUCAGGCACGUCCAUUAUCUGAAGCAGGCCGGCCUAAGCAAACACCUGACAUAGUAGAGAGAAGGUCGUCCAUUAUCAAUCAGGCAGCUGUCGUAGUGGGAACAUGGAUAUCGCUGCCCCAGGCUAGCUGCUCCAUUAGGAAGCAAGCAACUCUAGCAAUAUAAAUCGCCCCCGCAGCUAGGGCUGUUAGCGGUGCGGUUUCGGUUUCGGUUUUAACCGAACCGCCAACACGGUUAACCGCAGCCGACAAUCAUCCAAAAACCCCAACCGACACCGAUUGUCUCGUCGGUUAGCCGAAAACCGCCGUUACGGUUUCGGGUCGGUGUCGCGCUUAGCUGAAGAUCGCCGCAGGGGGUGGAUCUGGCCGAAUUUCUGGAUCCGACUGUCGAAUCUCGCCGCCAAAUCGCCAAAUUUCUGGAUGGAAUUGGGGGUGAGAUGGCAAUUAGAACCGGCGAGGAUCCAAGAGGGAAAAUCGACAGAAGUAGGGGGUGACAAUCACCCCUUGCAUGUCUUCUUUUCUUCUAUCAAGUGACGGCGACGGACACCGAGGAAGGCAUGGCGACGGCGACGGACAACGAGGAAGCAGGGGACGGAGAUGGCGAUGGACGAUCGAUCUUCACUAGAGCAAGCCAACAACGACCCUCUUCUCCUUCUAGGCCUUUGUUCGCUGAAUCUCGACUAUCGCCGCUUUCUUAUCGGCGAAGGAGAACCAAAUCGCCGCUUUGUGACCUUGGAUCUGGAGGAUACAGGGAAAGGAAGAAAGGGGGAGAGGUGGAGAGCGGCUAGGGGAGAGGGAGAGACAAAGGCGCCUUAUUGUUUUUCGAUACGGGUUAGCGAUGGAGGAGGGAGGAGAAGGGAACGGAGAAGAAGGGAGAGACUGGCGAGAGGAGAGGGAAAAUCUUGUUGUCUUGGACGAGGAAGAGGAAGAGAGUGGGGGUUGCAAACUUGCAGUGGGAGACUAAAGGGGUGAGAAGUCGGUUUUUCGGUGAACCGAGUUUAUUUCGGUUACUUCACUCGCGGUUUUCGGUUAGAAUUAUAACCCAAAUCUGCCAACCGACGCCGACACCGCCAGACUAUUAUCGGUUUUCGGUUCGGUCUUUAACCGAUGGUUCGGUUCGGUUUAACCGGCAACCGAUUAUCACCCCUAGCCGCAACUGUCGCCAAUUGCCUAAGCAGGCUGCUCUCGUAGUAGCCGAGAGAGCAAGCUGCUCUCGUACUAGCGGGGAAAAGCAGCCCUACGUCGAUGUCGUCCCCCACGAGCAAGCUGCAGCCCGGUGCCUCUGCCUCCCUUAGCCGCCUUGCUUUUGCCUUGAUUUCCUAAAAGCAAGCCACCUCAUGCUUGCUAUCUUCCCCCAUCGUUCACCUGGUCAUAACAAGGGGACGAGCUUGCUUAAACAAGCAGCUCUCGUAGUAGAGGGAAUGAAAUGCUCCUGCCUCCAUUGGACGAUGGCCCCCUUUGCUUUUGCUUUCCCGAGUCCCUUGCUUUCUGUGCAGAGGUGAAAGGCUGCGUAGGGUUUUAAUUAGUUUGAGUAUUUCCGAGUGGAGCGUGAGAUUAGGGUUGAGGUUGGGGUUUAAUUAACUCAAGGGAUAUUUUGGGAAUUUCAUAAAUCAAGGGUGAGUUUAAUCCGAAACUCAACUAACGUACGUAACUUACUCGAUUUAUGUCGAAACUCGACAUUGUUUGAAUCGAGAGUUCGCAUUUUAGUCCUCCUGGAUAUUACGAUGGCAUUUGACAAAUUUCACCAAGGGUAUAAUAGUCAUUUUGACUUUUUGGAAGAGCGGGAUGUUACAAUUAGUUUAAUUAAAGUUAUUAGUUUAAUUGAAGUACCUGCAAAUACAUGGUAUCAUGGACUUGCAACAUCCGGAAGGCCAUGGUGCAAGUUGUGGGGUCAAGGAAUAUCUCUCUUCUCCUUGUUGCCAACUUCUGUAAAUUUCGUCUAGAGCCAGCUUUAAUCUCGUUCACUAAGUGGCAACGGAUUCCUAAACCAACAACAGCGACAAUGAGGCAGAGCUGGUCGUGAGUUCCGUGCGGGUAAAUAACUGGAACUGAAUUCAUCAAAGAGACAAAGACAAUAGCUAGGAGUUUAUGAACCCUAGCAAGCAGCUAAAAUUAGCAAUCAGGAACUUCAUCAAAACAAAAGUGAUCGGAAUACACAAAUUGAGGAUACAAUUAAUUAGGAGUGGGUCAAGAAAUGGAAUAGAUUCAAGAAGGAAGAUGGAAGCAGAGAGUGACCUUGAGAACUGGUGAUGCAAAGCGGGCGAUGGAUUUUAUGGAAGACAUAUGGAAAUUCGACGGUGGCGGUGGUGGAGAUACCGCCAAUGCAGUUUACAACGCGAUUGAAGGAAAGAAUCACCGAACAUACCCCAGCUUCAAUCCCUACAUGGACACUAUCGCUAGUGUGCGAUUCCUCGACUGAGAAGUGAGAAGCGAAUCGCUACAGCUGAAAUGCAACCAACCCCGUCAGACAGCAGCCAUGAAGAAGCAUCGUCGUCCGGGUCCAGUCGAAACACCUCGCCCAUGUAAUGUAGGCUCUUGGUGUUGUGAGGAUGGACCAAGUGAAGAGAAGAGUUUCUGAUCUUUGAAAACUGUUUUGACAAUUUAGCAUAACUCAAACUGCUGUGAUAUUUUGUUUGUGGGCCGAGGCCCAGUCAGGGCUCAAGGCGGGAUUUACUCCCUCGGGGACAGAAAGAGAGAUGAUUUUUUUGCCAAAUAUACCCCUCCGAAAAAC